AUGGCGUCUUUCCAGGUCGGGUUCUAUACCAUAAUCAUUCUGGCUGGUUGCAAACUCAUUUUGAUCGCGCUAGAGUUCUUUAGUAUAACACUUCAGCAGAAUGCUAGGCACCUUCGUGUGCUUGGAUACUUAUCCUCGUUUCUGGCGCUUUUACUCGGCUGCUUGUCUUUCAUAGGGCUGCGAGCGAGGGGCCCAGACGAACCGGGCCAAUGUGACAACGCGGAUGCUGAUAUCGUUGGCGACGGUGUUCGCGCAGCUGCUUGGACCCAAGUUGGGAUACUUUUCUUCAUUACUCUUACUGGAAUAUGGCAUAUCUGCAAGACAGCUGUGAAGGAGAUUGGUGGCGGGUUAAUUAUCACUCACGUGUCUUUGGCUAUUGCGCUUCUUGUUCCAUUGGCUCGUCGAGAAUUGUCUCCAAUCGACGCGAUCCUUGGGUCGUUAAUUCUUGAUGCCCAAGGCAAUUCCCUUUCCAUUCAGCUGGUAACUAAAGAGACACUAGCAGCCCGAUGGCAAGUGGUAAUCGUUCUAAUCGCUCAGCUACUGGGCUUGAUUAUAGAAGGGAUCCUCGUGGGUAACUUUACCAGGAACUUACGUCCUACCAGCGACUGCGAUUGCUUCUCUGCGUUUUGGUGGGCGUGGCUAAGCAACUGUCCGUCGGAUUCCCCGAACGACGUUGAGCCGUUCUGGAUUUAUUUCGGAUAUCGAUUUGUCAACAUUGUUCACGGCGCUUACUUUGCAGCCACCCGUACUACGACUUAUGACGAUGCUGAGAAAUGGGAUAGAGAGAAUCCAUGCGAUUCCUGCGACAUAUGUAAAAAAGCAGAAACGCCGAGCAUAUACUGCAGCUGUCAUUUAUGCGAAGAAUGUCAUUAUUGCAAAGUAUGUAAGAGGAGGAUGCGCGGUCUUCACGAAAAGCGAUGUGCCAAUAAUAACAACAACCUUCCUAAAGGCGGCGGCGACUCUAACAACCACGCAUCUAAUAGCGCUGUCACCCAUAAUAAUGACUCUAACGACCAUGAGUCUCACAGCGAUAUCACUCAUAACGAUGAGACAUCCCCGAAUAAUAUCAGUAGAGUCUCAUCACUAACAAGGGAUGAUAAUACUCAACGGCAAAAUGGUCACAACGGUGUACCACCACCGAAUGGUAACAACAGUACACCUAUCAACGGUAUAAAUGGCAACUGUAUACCAUUACAAACCCUGAACAAGGCAAGGGUACAAAAUGGCAAUCAUGAAGCAACAACACCACAUGCAGGCGAUGACGGCGAAUCGUCACGCUACGAAGAGUCAGCAUGCGAAAUGUGCAUAGCCUGCCAAAGAUGCCACAAGUGCGGACACAUCGACCUGGAAGCCGGCCAAGCAGUGCUGCUGGUCGGCGAGCGGUACUCGGAGGUGCCGGUGACCGUCAGCGUCAACUUCCUGGAGAGCAGCGUGCUGGCGCUGCUGAGCAUGAUCUCAGCCGAGGUCACGAUGAGCAUCAACAUGGUGCAGAAGACCUCGCCGCUGUACUCCGUCGGCCAGGUCACGGCCCUGAUAAUAGCCGGCGGCACGGCAAUCAGGGCGCUCUGGGUCUUUUUAUAUAUGUUCGAUGGCCGGUCGUCGCACUCAGCAUAUUAAGUAGGGGAGUAUAAUGAUUUGGAAUGAUUGCCUACCUACCUACCUACCUACGUUUUACGAAUAACCUACGUUACAUUACGUUACCAACGAUAUAUAAUAAUGAUUCACGACACGAAAAAAAGUGAUUUAACGGAGCUGAUCGGGGAAAAAGUCAAGGUAUAUAGACAUGCUGUUACAUAUUCUGGACCCAAUCGACCUUUGCGCGAUAUAUUUAUAAAGACACACGGCCAGCUUUUGGCAAGACAGGCAUAUAUAUACGAUGGUGUUAUAUGUGACAUAUUACUGCUUACAGCUUGAUAUCUUGAUAUCUUGUUUGGGGAAUCGACGAAGCGAACUACGAGGUCACACCCCUAGGAACGAACCAUGCUGGAACGGGUACGUACCCACCACCGUCUGUUCACGAGAUGUCGGGACGCGGAGUGGAAACUAUAUAAUAUUUUAUGUCCAAACAGCGUCAUGUCAUGCAUAUCUGGUUCGUAUCAACAUACCAGAACCAUACUUCUAAACAAAGUUCAUAAAUGACCAGAUAUCCCACCGAUACGGUACAUACAUACAUCAGGAUGGAUACCUUGAGCUACCGAACCUAACCUAUAGGCAGCCUACCUCCCACCCGUCACA